ACAAUUUCGACAGGACAACUACCACCUACGCAGCACACUCGUUUUAUACCAUUAAUGAUUCGUUUAUUUAGAUUAUCGUUAGUUAGAAGUAGAGACAAAUAGCUCUUUAUAUGUGGCUCGUAUCAAUUAUCUUGCUUUGCGUCCUGGGACAGUCAAUAUUGACCUUUAAGAAACCUGCAAGCAUACCUGAGCCGCUUCGCUGUAUGUCGAUGAACGGACGCCUACGUGGGGGUAUGAUGGUCGAAGAGGGUUCAAGUUCGCGGAGCUUGAACUUCAACACAACACCAAUCAUGCACUCUCAGUAUUUGUGGCACGUACACUACCAUCGAGUAAAGCGGGGGCGUAGUUUCACGGCGUGUAUCUUUGACCAUGCUCAUCAAAGUCAAGACGCUCACUGGCAAGGAGAUUGAGUUGGACAUAGAUCUCGAUGACAAGAUUACUCGCAUCAAAGAGAAGGUUGAAGAGCAGUCCGGUGUGCCACCACAGCAGCAAAGGUUGAUCUUCGGUGGGAGACAGAUGUGCGUAAUUGCCCUCAUUUCCGUCAGACCAC